UCCAUAUUUUCAACACAGCAAAAUUUAUCUAAUUUCUUAUGUGUCUGGUCUUUACUUUAACGCAACAAACCAAAACCAACUCAUUAAUACAUUACGCGUCCAUUUUCCCCAUCAAAUUAUAACUUAAAGAAAUCAAUUAUUCUUCAUUUUCAAAUCUUUUCCAUCAAAUACACUGAAAAUAUUCGAAACCAGUACUUUGCGAGACAAGAAUCAUGUGCUGUGACGGUGAUUGCAGGCCUUUAGGGUUUCUUUUAGGCCUUCCAUUUGCCUUUCUUGCCCUAAUUAUCUCCAUUGUCGGCGUCGUUGUUUGGAUCGUCGGGUUGACGCUGACGUGUAUCUGUCCUUGUUGUCUGUGUGUGACAAUAUUAGUGGAACUGGCUUUAGAGUUGAUCAAGGCACCUAUUCAUGUAAUGGAGUGGUUCACUGCUCAGAUACCUUGUUGAUCACAAUCAUGCUAAACAAACCUACUGAUUUUCAUGUGUAAAUUGGUAUUUCUGAUUACAGAUUUCUGAUUGUUUUUUCUUUUUGUGAUAAUGAUAUGAUUGGUUUUAGAUAUAGGUUUUGUCUGAAUCUUGAGUUCUAGAAAUGUUAUUGUACAAAGAUGAUUUGCUUCUAAUUUUUUUUGUUAUGAAAAGAUCAUAGUUUGUUUUGUGCA